CUGACACUGUGAACAUUGCCGGACUUUUUAAGGAGGGAGAUUUUAAAUUGAUUUCUUACUUUAAUUUCGAAAAAUGCGACAAUACAAGCCAACACCAUUUCUUUAUACAAGAACAGCCAACACGGAUAAUCACGAAGCGAAUUCAAAUUAUGAAGAUAGUAAUCUUCUAGACUUAGAGGUCGAAGUGCUCAAACAGCGUAUUGACGGCAAUAUAAAACGUCACAUGGACAUACGAUCUGAAAUCAGAAUGGAGGUUGACAAACUAAGACAAGAAAACAUGGAUCUUGCUGCAAUGCUCCAUCGAACUGACGAGAUAUUUUAUUUACACCAGGAUUUCUUUGAGGAAGUCAACAGACUGAGGUCAAUGAAUGUGAGACUGAAAGCCAUGAUGUGUCUACAAGAUGUGAAAUCAAUAGAAGCAUUCGGCCCUACGAAAUCACGUAGAGGAUACCAAAGCAAUGUCCAACAGCCCACGAACCCCAACUGUCCAGCUUCUUCACACAGCACUGAGCGAGAUACCCGCGCAGAAACCUCUGAUAAAUCUAGCGAUUUGUUCGACAGAAUCGAUAAACUUGAAGCAGAAAUGAGGACUUUUCUAGGCGAAACCCCUUCACAUAAGAAAAUAGAAAUAUGUCAACGGAAGCAUGUUACAGAUAUUGAUAUGCAAUGUUCAGCGGAUAGAAUAACAAGAAAUAUCCGUGAUCAUUCUUUGGAUGACAAUCUAAUUUUUAUUCGAAGAAGAGACACCAAAUCUGAUCAAACAAACGGCUGUGAUGCAAGCACAAGUACAGAAAUGCAACUUGAGGCUGAAAAUUACGGGCAUGUAGAUGAGCCCCGAACAAGGUCUACCUUUUGGACAAAAGACCGAGAUUUACAUUCUCACGAAACGUAUACCAGUAUGACCAUCCUCAGAUCAAAAGCAGAAAGUGCCUCAUCAGACGACAGAGAUGUCAAUAUGAAUUCUUCCCGAUCAGAUGACAGAAGUAUAUUACUCAAUAACAGUAAUGCGAUAACUAAAAGCUGUUCCAGAUCUCAGGACGAAAACGUCAUUUCCGAAGACAGGGAUAUCAACAUGAACUCUCACAGAUCAAAUGACGAGUGGGUUCUACCUGACCAUACCAUCAUCAACUCGUCAAACAACUCGGAAUGUUUGCUACUUAUGGUACACCCAAAAAGGUCUCAGUCCGGGACGAUAGUCGGGUUUGAAGUCGCUGAAAAUUUUGAAGGAACUUCCAUCGACAAAGACAAACCAGUGCAACAUGAAGUAAAACGUACACAUUGUGAACCCACACAGCCAGUGUUUCAGAAAGGAGUAACGUCCGACCUAGUUCCUAGUUAUGUGGAUAUACCCGUCUCUAUUGAAGACUUAGAAAUUCGCGAUAUCUUCAAAAAUGCUUCAAAUGAAUCCGACAGCGAUCACUCCACAACAUCAUCUGAAAGGCCACUGAAACUCUCCACACCUUUUACAGUGGUAUCGACAAGGCAUGUCAGGCCAAGAGAUGUACCGCGGUUAAACCUUGGCGAUCUGGUGUCCGAAUCGGAUAUCAAUAUUGUCAGAGUGACGCAGGAUACGGUCGAUGAUCUUCUGUAUGAUGAGGAGGAUCGGUACUCCAUUGUUUCCUUUAUUGAUAUCAGUGAUGGUAGUGGGCGUCAACGUUUGGGAAAAGAAGACAUGUCUGUCACAGAUCUUCAAAUAAAUCAGUUUGGGAGAUAUUACAACGAGGAAAGUCAUUUCAUAAAUGAUGUAACCAAUGUCACUGGAGAGUCAUGUUUCAUGGACGAUCACCAUACACGCUCUGACAACCCAAAGAAUUUCAGCAACAGAAGAUCGAACUUGAGCAAUAUGAUAAAGAAACUUUGUGCUAAUAAAGAAAUGUCUUACAUGCAAGAGUUCUUUUCUGACGUAUCGGCAGACAAUAAAACAGUAUGCCCUGAAGCAGAUGUACGGACUAGUGAAUCGAUUAGAGAGGAAAGUACACAAACAAUCAUUGGUGAAAACACCACGUGGAAUAACACAUUCAACGGAAAUAGCAAGCUUUCUGCACCAACCUUCCAAACUGAACUGGAGGAAGAGACACCUUGGGUGAACUUAAAUGAUGUGAAUAGAUCAAGUGUCGAUAUUAGUGAGGACUCUGUAUCAGUGAUACCUACUGACAGCGAUGAAGACAGAUAUGUCCAUUACAUGGAGUUAUGCAACACUACUAUGCAUCUGACUGGAAUAAUCCAAGACAUGUGUGCCAACAGGACUAGCCUAACCCAACAAGAAUUCUUGCAACAUACGAAUCCAACUGAAAAACCGUGUCCACCAGAAAUUUGGGACGGAAAAGACUAUGUGAUUGAGAACAACAUCAUGAGAAUUCCUGUCAAGUCUGAAUCAACCAACCCGCAUGCGAAACCAGAUUGCUUAACCAAACAUUGUUUGACCGGCCUGUCAUCACCAUCUUACACAGAUAUUGUCAAAUUAGUAAAGGAAAACUUUCCCUGGACAUUUCCUCGAGCUGAAGAGAAAAACAACAAUGGAAUAAAAGAAUCAGAAGACAAAGAAUGUGUUAAAGAUUAUAACAGCACGUUAAACGUCACAAUACCAUGUUGUACGAUGGACAGUGUCAGAUCGGACGUAUCGUGUAUAGAUCUGAGCUGUGAGGAGGAAACACCAAACCUUGGAUCUACCAGGAAGGAACCUGAUGUAAGGCUUGCUUUAUCUGCCGCGAAUCUCCAACAGAUGGUAUGGCGGAAUGUGUUACAGACAGAUCAGACGUUUCGGGUGAUACCAUAUACACUGAUCGAUACGUAGUUCCUGGCGAGUUAGCGUUGUCUUGCCAAAAACGACAGCUGUUAUCUACUUCGUUGUCUAAAUCACAUGAAGAUGUGGUCAGACUCCUUAACUGGACCAAUGUUUCACAUACCAAAGCUCACUGGGAGGAUCCAGAACACGAGGCCAUUCUUAAGGAAACUUCUGAGCGAGAAAUCCUGAAUUCACCUGAUAGUUUUGUCGGGGAUUUCGCUUAUAAACAAAAGUGGAAACCGUGUUUUACGAGCGAAAACAUCCCGAAGGCCAAUGAAGAAACGAACCCCACUCUAACCUCCGAUUACACCAACAUGGGCAGUGCCAGAUCCGGGUAUGACGUGGAAGCUGAAAUUUCCUGUAUCGAUUUGAGCGAAGAAACGACAACCACGAGUUCUGUCCAAAAU